AUGGAAAAAAAAAUAAGAACUUCUACAUCUUCCUCAACUAGUAGUGGGGCAACAUCAACUACCACUAUUGCUUCUUCCUCUCACCAAACAUCAUCAGGAAUAUAUUAUUACACAACUGGGAGUAGGAAAGUUAAUGUUCAUAAACCACCAUAUACGGAAGAAUGGUCUAGAUGUUUUCAACAUGGUAAGAUACAAUUAAAAAUCCUUAGACAACAUGCUUUGGAAGGAGACUUAAGAUCCAGUAAAAUGAGAUCAAUCUACUGGAGGUUAUUUUUAAGAAUACUUCCUUUAAAUAAAGAUGAAUGGUUACCUAUUGUGGAGAGAUAUAGAUGUGAAUAUGAAGAAAUUAAAAUAAAACAUUCAAGGAAUCCUCAAGAUUUUAAUGAAGGUGAUCCUCAAUCAAAUAAUCCUCUUUCUCUUCAAGAAAAUUGUCCCUGGAGAGAAUUUUUUUAUAAUUGUGAAUUAAAAGAACAAAUAAAGAAGGAUGUUGAUAGAUCAUUUCCUGAGGUACCAUUUUUUAAGAAUCCUGAUACACGACAAAUAAUGAUUGAUGUUUUAUUUAUUUAUGCUAAAGAACAUCCUCAUAUUGAGUAUAAACAGGGAAUGCAUGAAAUAUUAGGACCUUUAUUAUUUGUUUUAAAUUAUGAUCAAGAAAAUUUUAUUACACUUAAAGAGGCUAAUGUUAUUAAUACAUUAAAUGAAAAUGAUAAAAGAUUAUUAGGUUAUUUAAAUGAUCCACAUUUUAGGGAACAUGAUGUUUAUCAGAUGUUUGUUGGGGUUAUGAUAUUAAUUGAAAGUUGGUAUAUUUAUGGUGAUGAAAAUCUUUCAAAAAGUGAUGAUGAAAAUAGUAGUAGUGAUAUUAGUAAUGAUGGUAAGUGUAUGUAUAAUAAUAUUGAUAAUUUAAAUGACCUGAAAAGAAAAAGAAAAUUAAGUAUUAGUACAUAUCAAAGUAAUUUAUUUAAACAGUCUUUUGAUAGCAAUACCUCAAAAUCUUUUAUCAUAGAUAAAUUAAAAGAGAUAAUGGAAAUUUUUUUGAAAGAAUAUGAUAAUGUUCUAUAUAAUCAUUUAAAAAAUUUAAAUAUCCCCCCACAAGUUUAUGGGAUAAGAUGGUUAAGACUAUUAUUUGGAAGAGAAUUUCCUUUUCCUGAUCUUUUAUAUAUAUGGGAUGUCAUUUUAUCUGAUGAUGAUCCAUUAAUAAUGGUUGACUUUAUCUUUUUAUCACUAUUAUUACAAAUAAGAGAACAAUUAAUAUCUAGUGAUUAUAGUUGUUGUAUACAAUAUUUAAUGAGAUAUCCACCUAUAAUUGAUGUUGUGAAUUUUGUUAAAUUUUCUCUUCAUAUCAGAUCCCCUAAAAAAUAUACUAUGCCUAAAAUGAGUGGACCAAUGAAUUUUUCCAAUAUUACUUUAUCAGGACAAAUUCAUCCAAAUGCUGAUAAGAAAAAGUACAUAUCAAUUUUUAAUGACAAUAAAGAAACAAAAAAAGUUAUCAAAGAUAAAGAGAUUGAUAAUAUAAGUAUUUUUUCACAAGCCUCAUCAAAUGACAAUUAUGAUGAAAGUAAUCACCAUAGAAAUAGUAGUAUAGAAAAUAUAAAAAAUUCUCCUGAAUAUGAAAUGACGUCAAUGAAUAGGAGGCAUACAUUUACUAAUGGGACAAGAAAUUCUAAAUUAUCAAUAACAGAACAACAAGAGUAUGAUGCAAUGAAAAAACAAAUAGAUUCCCUUCAACAGGCAACUAUAAAUUCUGAGACAAAACAAUUUGAAGCAUCACAAAGAUUAUAUGAAAUUAUGAGUGGUAUCAAACAAUUAAGUAUUGAGAAGGAUAUUAAAAAACAGUUGAUAAAAAGUAUUGGUGAAGUUGCUGCGAGAUUAACUUAUUCUUCUAUAAAUGAAGCAUCCAUUAGAAAUGUUACAAUGCCGACUGAUACAUCUCCAACCAGGGAAGGUGUUGAGGUUGCAAUUGAAGCAAAAUCUCCUGAGAAUGUAUAA